GGGAUGAAGAGAGAGCAGCGCGCAUUCAAAAUUUACCUCUGAUUUAACUUACCUGAAAAGAAAAUUAUUUGUGAGGAUUUGAAUUAAAAAUUCAACUCGCUGAAUUAUUUUUUUGCCUCAUGAACUGGGUUGGAGGAGCAAGGAACAGAGUCAAGCUGAAACAUGAGAGAAAAAUUCAAAAGGAGUUCUUUGAGCGAAAGCGCCACGCCAAAAAAGUGUUCCGCAUAAAAUGCCGAUCCCCCGAUGGUAGAGGGAAACGUGGAAUUAGUCAAGACCUACUAGCUUUGAAUACCGUGAUUAGUGCACAUGAUAAACCAGUUAAUACAAUAGGUAAACCAAGACUACCACAAAAAAUUGACAUGGACCACACCCCAUUAAAAAUGUUUGGGCGUCGACCUUCAGUUAUUGAAUUACCUGAGUCUCCAGGGCAUAAAAGGCUUUCAAAGAUUGAAUUAACAAGUGCCAAGGAAGACAAGAAAAUUGAUUCUUUUAUACAAAGUGAGAAGAUACUUCAUCAAAAAAAAUCAGAGUCUUUCAUGAAACAAGAGCAGGAAAAUGGUUACCACAUAACUGCUGGUUCAGUACAAAGAAAAUCCUUGAAUAAUGCACCUAAAACAUGCAUCACAUCACUAGCACCAAGCACAGAAAUACCAUUGUCUAAGUUGCCACUCCCUUUAAAUGGAAGACUAGGGCUCUAUGGACAGCUGGACUUUGAUUUAUCAUGGAAAUCUAGUCACCAUGGGAUGUCAAGAGAAGGCAAAAAGUCUUUAGAAAACAAGAAGACAAAUAAAGAGGCCUACUUUGAAAAUAAUGUAUUUUCUAAAGAGAGCAUUUUUUGCAAAGAAGAAUCUGGAAGGAAGUGCCAGCAAGUUCCUGAAGUUUGCACGAUGGGACAGAAUUUCUCAAUCCAGAAGUAUUUUGAGACUGUGCACAAUGACCCUCCAAGUAUCACGCCAAUGAAAAUGAAUGAUUCAACACAGGGUGUACCCUGCUUUGAAAGCAAAACAAACUCCAGCCAGAGUAGGAGUUAUAAGUCACCAGACUUAAACCCUUACUCAGAACCAGGCCCUCUCUUCCAUUCUGACACAAAUGCAAGUAACAUUGUUAAAGCUCCCUCAAAGAAGCAUGCAGCUCAACAUAAAAGUGAAGAAACUGAUACUAGAAGUGGGAAAAUAUAUUCUUUGAGAAAGCAACUGGACUGGAACAAGUUAUGCAGUCCAACCUUUUUAGAUCAAAGCAAUGUUGGAGACAGGAGAGACAAAAUGUCAGGAUUUGCCAUAGAGUGUGGGAUGGGAUGUGAAUGCAAGUCAGACAUGAUUGAAGGAGUUAAAGACCAUAACCCUGAGCAGGACAACGUCAAAACAGACCCGACUGAUGAGGCCCUACAGGAGGUUAUGGACAUGGAGGCAGAUGACGCAGAGGCUUAUAGCGAAGUAUCCUCCUCAUGGUCAUCCUUUUCAGAAAGGAACACCCAGGAGACGGUUAACGAGCUGGAGCAAAGCACUCAAAGCAAAGCAGAAGUAUCGAAAACAAGUAAUAUCAAUGAAGAAAUAAUUGUGAACGUAUCACAAGGAGCAUCUUUAGCCAUUCGUAAAACAAGACAGAAUAUUGAGCUCCCACAGCUAAGAAAAUAUCACAUCAAAACCUCCAACUCAACAGUGAAAGAUGACCACUCCGGCAGACGCGAGAGCUUAGCAAAUGACUGCGUACUCUUUAAGAAAAAUGGAAUGGAAGAGGAUUCACAAGGAGAAAAUACAGCUGCUGGUAGGGCGAGUGGCAUACCACUAUCUAAUGCAAAUUUGCAUGGUUUAAAAGAAGGUGAAGAGAUACUCGUUUGCGAUGAGAAGAUUGAAGACCUUUUAUCACAGCCAGACACCAAAACAUGUAACUUCCCUGUGAAUGUGGCUAAUUUAUGCGAUAUGUCCCCCCUUCAUCCAUCUUUCACGCCAUCUGUGAAAGCAAAACAGAAAAAAGACAAUUGGACACAAUGGGACCCUGUAAAGGAGUCGAUGAAUGAGAAAACCACCCAAACACGCGGUGGUAUCUUUACUACAACUGCAACUCAGACCGAUGUCGAAACCCGAGAGGAAAACAUCGAGAAGGCUUGUCAGACUAUAGAGGAAAGACUGGAAGAAGGCGCUCUUGAUGCCAAGAAGACCAUUGACAAUGAUAAUCAUACGGAUGCGAAACGGUCAGGCCAAAGCGACCUCAACUGGUACGAGACACUUCUGAGGAAGCUAUUCACCCCAUCACCAUAGCAAUAAAAUAAACAAGAAAAAAUAUUAAUCAGAGAAAAAUUGACAAAAAGACAAAAGCCAGUAUUCUUCAUGAUAAAAAAAAUAGCUCCAUUACGUGCCAUUAUGUCUUUAAGAAGUAUUGUAUUGUGUUGCUUGUUCCUUUGAGAGGUAUUUCUAUCUCCCGUUUUCUUUUGGUAAAUUAACAGAGUAACAGACUAGCAGCUGUCAGCCAGUGACUAUUUACAGAGUCUGGUGUUUUCAGGAUAAUAUGCAGAUUGGUUUUUACACGCAGGAUGUGAGCGAUCAUCUGGCCAUGAAAUAAAGUGAUGUGUUUGUCUGUUUGGA